AUGCGUCCUCCUCCUCUCGGAGCUGUUUGGUCUUCUCUUUGUCUUCUACUUUUCUUGCACCGGGUUGUUUCUGCUGCUGCUGCUGGGUCUGAAGCCGGUGUUUAUAACGGUGCUUCACCAAAGAGCAUCUUUGAACACGUACAGAGUUAUGAGAUUACUUCUCCCAUUUGGCUCCAUCCUCUCAGGCACAAAAGAUCAACCAUCAAAGAGCAUCCUGCAGAGGUCCAGGUCCUGAUUUCAGCUGAGGGUCAGGAGCUGCAGCUACAUCUGGAAAAAAAUGAGCAGCUGUUGGCCCCUGGAUAUCAGGAAAUAUGGUACAGCCCUGAUGGAAGUCGUCGGUCCUCGUCUCCCGCCAACACUGAUCAUUGUUUCUACCAUGGGGAAGUGCUGGGUGUGGAGGGUUCCAGUGUGGCAGUCAGCACUUGUUCAGGACUCAGGGGACUGAUUUCUCUGAACGCAAGCGUGAGCUACCUGAUCGAGCCGCUUCCUGGUUCCGCUCGGGGACACGCCGUGCUCAGAGCCGAGAGUCUCCGGCUACCCAGGGGGAGCUGCGAGCAUCACCAUGGCAACGAGGAGCAUCAGGAUGGGCUCAGUGACUUCAUCAGUGGAAUGAUGUCGCCACAGAACAGGCGGGAGAGAAGGGAACUGAAGCAGAACAUGAAGUAUGUUGAGCUUCUUUUGGUGGUAGAUAAAGCUGAGUUUGAGUGGCAUGAUCGGAGUUUGGAGAAGACCAGAGUGAAGCUGCUGGAAGCGGCCAACUUGGUGGAUAAGUUCUACAGGGCUCUGAGCAUCCGCGUGGCUUUAAUCGGCCUGGAGGUGUGGACCGACCAGGACAAGAUCAACAUGUCUGAUAACCCGCGCAGCACGCUGGACGCUUUUCUGUCCUGGAGGCAGAAAAUGCUCAAAACUCUCCCCAACGACAACGCUCAGCUGAUCACAGGUAGGUCAUUCCAGGGCACUACCAUUGGGCUGGCAACUCUCAGAACCAUGUGCUCCGACUACCAGUCCGGUGGAGUGAACGUGGACCACUCCCCUGCGUCUCCUGUUGGAGUUGCUGCCACCUUAGCACACGAGAUGGGCCACAACUUCGGGAUGAGUCACGACAGCGCAGGCUGCUGCCAGGCCAAAGCAGAAGAUGGAGGCUGCAUCAUGGCUGCAGCUACUGGGGCUCCGUUCCCACGUGUGUUCAGUAGUUGUAACGUGCAGGAGCUGAAGAGUUUUCUGAGCUCUGGAGGAGGCAAGUGUCUCUUUAACUUACCAAACACUCAUUUAAUGUAUGGAGGGCAGCACUGUGGAAACGGUUACCUGGAGGAAGGAGAGGAGUGCGACUGCGGAGAGGAAGAGGAGUGCACCAACCCCUGCUGUAAUGCCAAAAACUGCACCCUGAGAGCUGGAGCUGAGUGUGCCCAUGGAGUCUGCUGUCAGGACUGCAAGUUAAAGAGCCCUGGCGCUCUCUGCCGCGCUCCCUCUGGACCCUGUGAUCUGCCUGAAUACUGUGAUGGAAAAACAGAGUUCUGCCCAGCUAAUUUUUACCUGAUGGACGGUACAUCUUGUGCCGGCGGGAAGGCGUACUGCUACACCGGCAUGUGUUUGACUCUGGAGCUGCAGUGUCAGUCACUCUGGGGACGAGACGCUCGUCCAGCUCCUGACCUGUGCUUUAGGGAGGUGAAUAAAGCUGGGGACAUGUACGGGAACUGUGGCAAAGAUCAACAGGGAAGAUACAGGAGUUGCAAAGACAGGGAUGCCAAGUGUGGCAAAAUCCAGUGUUCAGCUUCAGCAGCCAAGCCCAUCGAGAACAACGCCGUCCGGAUAGAAACCACAGUCUCAGGGGACAAGAAGAAAAUUGUGUGCUUGGGUACACAUGUGUACAAUCUCCACCAGGAGGACGAGGAGCCACAGGGGGACACUCUGGACCCAGGCCUGGUCUUGACGGGCACCAAGUGUGGCAGCCACUCGAUUUGCUUCAACGGAGGUUGUCGCAAUGCGUCAUUUCUCCAAACCCAUGAGUGCAACGUCAAGUGUCACGGACAUGGACUGUGCAACAACAACCAUAACUGUCACUGUGACCUGGGCUGGGCUCCUCCGUGGUGUGACCAGAGUGGGUCUGGGGGGAGUGUGGAUAGUGGACCUGUCAUCCCUGCAAGACCUUUCCUUCUAGUGCUGCUGCUUCUUCUGGCUCUCUUUGUCUUUUUGGUGGCUUUUGGACUUUGGUGGCGCUACACUCGUCAAAACGCCCUGCUGAAAGCUCCAUCAUCGGUGCCCAAAUGUUCAGUAACAGCGGAGGACAAGCCUUUAAAUGCUGAUGGUCAUACCAUCGGCCACACCAACCCAACCUUCAUGCUAAAGAAUCAGAACUCGGCUUCUCCUCGUCCCAGACCUCCUAUUGUUCGCCCCGCCGUGAAACCACCUCCCAUACCCGCCUACGCCACCGAGCAGACGCCACAGGUCCCGCCUGUUACCUCUCCUCCUCAGGGACAAGUCUCUCCUCAGGGGUGCGCUCAGCCUUUUCUUAGGUCUCCUCAGGUCGCAGAACAGAGAUCAAUUGAGGUUCUUCUCCCACAUCCAGGACCUUCAUCUUUAUCCUCCCAGGAUCGUAAAGAGCAGUUACAACCAUCGGCAUUAAAUCAACACCGACCUGACCCACCAAAGAGACCCCCACCACCAUGUCCUGUUAAUAAUCAAUCAACGGAUCAACAUUGGAUGAAAAGCCUGAGGUCGACCAUUAAUCCUGUGCAGUGA